AUGCCGAAGAACAGAACAGCCUCCCCCGCCAUUUGGUUACUCCUACUCAGUUUAUUUUGGUUCGAUUCAUUUCCCGGUUUACAAGCAGCGACCGGAAAACUAGCUUCGAUACCGGCACUAUACGUGUUUGGAGAUUCGUUGGUUGAUGCCGGAAACAAUAAUUACUUACCAAUUUCCAUAGCCAAAGCUAAUUAUCCACGUAACGGCGUCGAUUUUCCUGAAAAGAAAGCCACCGGAAGAUUCUCGAAUGGAAAAAAUGCGGCCGAUUUUAUCGCUGAGAAAUUUGGUUUGCCGUUACCGCCACCGUAUCGCUCACUGAAAGGCCCACUUAAAGAAAAAAAGAGAGAAUACGCGGCCUUGACCGGUGUCAAUUUUGCUUCAGGCGGAGCCGGAAUCUUCAACAGUUCGGACAAAAAACUUGGACAAUCUAUUCCUUUGUCACACCAAGUGGACGAUUGGCUAUCGAUUCAUUACGAAGUAACGGGUCAGAUUAGACCGGCCGAAGCACAGGUCCAUCUAUCCAAAUCUCUCUUCAUCGUGGUCAUAGGCAGCAACGAUCUUUUCGACUAUUAUGGAUCGUUUAAAAUGCGAGAACAGAACCAUCCUCAACAAUAUACACAAUCAAUGGUUGAUAAACUCAAAGAGCAAUUGAAGAGAAUUCACAAAACUGGAGCACGUAGAUUCCUAGUAGUCGGAGUUGCACAGAUUGGUUGCAUACCGGGGAAUAGAGACACGGAAUCGUACCUCCACGAAUGCGACAAAGAGGCAAACAGGUCGUGCUCUUUGUACAACGAAGCUCUAGUAAAGAUGUUGCAACAACUCAAACAAGAAUUGCAAAACUCAAUGACUUACUCUUACUUUGACAAUUUCAAGUCCGUGCAGGACAUUAACUCCAACCCUGCCCGCUACGGUUUUACUGACGUGAAAUCAGCUUGUUGUGGGAAAGGGAAUUUAAACGCGGCUAGUCCUUGUCAACCAAUCGCGAAGUUGUGCCCAGACAGGACCAAAUAUCUCUUCUGGGAUCGCUUCGGUCACCCCACGGAAGCUGCGUCUCGAACCAUCGUGGACUUUAUGUUAUCUAAUUCACAAUACUCAUCCCCUUUAACUCUCACUCAACUAGUCUCUUCAUAA